AUGAAGCCUCCUUUUCCGAUCGGUCUUAGUGAAGAGCAGCGGAAUCUCUAUUGUCAGCCGAAUGCGGAUGUAGAAGAAGAAGGAACAUUCGUCUUUACCGAUUUGGUGAUCGAAUUGAAUACCCUGUUUUUCAAGCUCUUGGAUCCAUUGCAAGCACACGGGAUGAAGAUUGUCACACUUGGUUAAGGCUUAUACUACUAUAAGUUGUUGGCCUAUCUUGUUCUAGUAUGAGCAUGUCUAGGCCUAGGCCAAUUCAUCCAAGAAGAAGAGGCAUGGCUAUGCGAGCUAGAUAGGUCAACUUGAAGCCUCUAACGUGGAACAGCUCUGGCGCUAGGUACCAACAUGGCGCUAGUCACGUUUCUCUCGCCGUUUCUUUUCUUAGUACUCCUGUCUUUGGUGGUAGUCACUGUUCUGCUGUACGUCUUCUUCAACUUCGGAUUCCUCUACGUUACCGGCUUUUUGGGACCGUUGUUAGCUGCUCCUGUGAAGCCUCCAAUUGUGCCAAGUCCAGGGACAGAGGAGAUGUUGAGAGGGACAGACACUCAACAACUACAAGGUCCUCCACAUGAGCUUGCUGGGAAGAACAACGGGGUUCAUUUUUGUUAUCCUACGGAGUUGCAGAGGACAAUGACUAGUAGUCUAACUUCUACAAACCAAGAACUACAUCAGCAAAACCAGGACGAUCUCCCAAGGAAAGUGCAGAACUUCAUGAAUGGACUGCACAUAUUUUACUGCAAAAACCUAUGCGUCACUUGGGAUUCGGAAGCCGUUCUUGUCGCAGUCUGUCUGGUCAUUUUUCUCUUCACUACGAUGAUUCUGCUGCGCGUGAUAAAAUACCGCCAUAGUGCUGGACUAGCCCUGCAGUUGCUGAUGGCGUCAACGAAAGUUCUGUGGAAAGUGCCAGGACUGCUUUUUUUUGCGCCCGUCUGUGCGAUUUUCACGGGCGUUGGGUGUAUGUUUCUGUACUUAUGAAAAUGAUGGCUUUUAGCGUCGGUCGACCUUACAAUAGCCUAUUCAUUGUGUUUGUGGACUCUCUUAUACUGUCAACAAGGGUCGUUACAACCUAUAAAAUUCUUUUUGGGGAUUGUACCUUCUUAUGCUGUAAACAACGGUGACAAGAACUAAUGUUGUACUACACAGAUACCUUUUGACCUGAACCUGAUCCCAUGUUCCUUUCUAGCUGCCUCGGAUCAGUUCUUUCUAACUACCACCUUUUGAACUGCAUCUGAUCCCAUGUUCUUUCUACGUGUCUUAGAGAACGUGUCUUAGAGAACUGAAGCUGAUCCCAUGUUCCUUUCUACCUCUCUAAGACACGGUUGCUGCCUCGGAGCUGUUUUCGUGGUGCCGGAUGAAUACUUCUGCAACGGCUUGGUCUUUGGGGUAUUGUCAGGGCUUCUCAGGCUUGUCCUCGUUCCAGUCCAGAUGAUUCUACCAGCGGAGGUAACGAGUAUCCUGUUUACUUCUACGCAGUCGUCGGGAACGUGUUCCAGUAUAGCGUAUAAUUCGUCUCCUUUCACCUCGACCGACGUCGCUGCUGCUCAUGUCGCGUCGUGGGUGUUGCGAUGGAUCGCAGCUGGGCUGACAAUUGGGAUGUACGAGUGGUUCCGAUCAUUUAUGCAUGGUACUACAACGACCGCGGUGGCUGAUGCGGUCGUCUGUUGGUUUUACACAUACGACGAUGGCGAGAACGAUGAAGAUAAAGAUGACGGCAACUACGGAGUAGAAGAUGAUCGGAGCAAAGACGCUAAAAUUUUUGAUGACGAGACUGAUGGUGAUCUCGAGUUGGAGUUGGAAGACCUCCAGCAGGAAAAUGGUCAUCAUGUUGCUCCAUGCGAAUAUCAUGGCCACGAGGAUGAUAAAAACGAUGACGAACAAGACAAUCAGGGUCCUUUGACUGCAGAAACACAAAGAUUGCUGCGGCUCCGAAAUGAAAGUCAUGGGGUGGACGAAGAAGAGGAGGAAGCAGUGGUAGUGAACGUUUCAAAAUCUCCGCGUGAGGCGUGUCACAGAGCAGAGUCACCCACCAGCACGAAGCGGUCGACUCCGCGGUCGGAACACCGAGAUCAUCAUGGUUGUUAUGAAGCAGAAGAACAGGUUCCUUGUUUGGUGGAAAGUGCAACUGCAAGCGAGGAUGGCGAGCCUGAUCGCGGAAUCCAUGAUCAUUGUGAAGACGAGGAGCCUCUCAUUAUGGAAGAGGAACGCAGUGGAAAGAGAAACGAUAAGUGGGUUGAAGGCCAGCACAGAGUUUCCCUCGUCACAACAGCAGGCAGUGAAGAGAUCCAAGGUCGUGACGAUAACGUGACUCUUGAAUGCGACGAGGCAGAUGGAAGAGAAGUAGUCGUACUAGACAAACCUCGUGGCCCAAAAAGCCGUACCUGUCUAUUCUCUGGUACAACUACCAAGUCUACGACCUCAAAGAAGUGCGGAGCAGCUCCACGACACCUGAUUUGGCGCUUUUUCAUUGCACCCUUUGGUUUUUUGAUACUGUGGGUACGAGUUUUAUUUCGCUUUUCAGGUGCGAUCGCGAUGGGCGCAUUUUUUCAUAGCUUUUAUCGGCUGAUUCAGUUCGUGGCAGGGUUCGACUGGACGGGAACGAGCAAAACGCAUUUCAUCCUCUUGGCGUUAUGGCACAGGAGAGACAGUACCACAGAAGAGACAGUAGAUUUAGUUUUUCAGAAAUCUACAUGUAGAAGGACAUCGACAACUUGAUAAUUGCUUCCACGUUGAAAUUGAAUGUCAGUAUUUGAAAUCAUCUAACCUCCUUAGCAGUGGUUCCGAUUUCACUGGAAGUAUUUAGCAUUUGACAUCAUCUAAUCUUCCUAGCAGUGGUUCCGAUUUCGAAGAUUUACGUGUACAUGGCUUUAGACAACCAGACAAGCUUUUCUGGUGCGUGCCGUACGGCUCUAGGUGUCCUGAGUCGACAUCCGUCACAAUGGCUCAUGCUUGAGGCGAUCACGCAUUCGCUGUCGUUUAUUUGUUACAUUAAGGCUUCUGGUACCGCAACUACACAUUCUCAACGUCAUCCUUGGCGAAGGCUAGUACCGCUACAGCAUCUUCCUACGUACAUGAUGAUCCUUGGUUCUUCUCUUUCUAUGUUUGAAAAGGAGGGCUCUACUUCCAACGAGACUACUGUACUAUGACCCUCAACGAGGAGGACGUUAGGAAGGUUGUAGAUCUAAUUCCCCUGGGGUCUUCGUCGUUGUGCUUAUAGCGUCCCUAGUAACUCAUCCAGACGCAGCCGCGCAGACUAACGUUACUCGGUAUCUUCAGAAAACAGCAGAAAGCGGUCCAUGUCUGGUCAACGAGGUCUUACUGCAGAUGCGGUUCCCAUUUGCAAGCGAAGAUUACGCCUGUGAUGCUAAGAGUGGAAGCAGUUCGGCAGGGUCUUCAACCAGUACUAGUGCAGCGGGUGGAGCUCCAGGUGCUGCUGCUGCUGGUACUGCCGGUAAUCAGGGUAACAUCAAUCACGGAAACGGGAGCUGGGGUUCUCCAGGUGCUGUGAUUUCCGGAGGCGUGGCACAAGUAGCACAAGCAGAACAAGGAAACAACGCAAAAGAAAAAGAUGAGAAGGGUAAGGAGACCAAGGAGCGCCAGAAAGACUGGCGUGGAUGGCUUCAGCUCCUUUCUCGACGCGGAAGGAGUGAUACUUGGGUUUAUCCACUAUUGAAUCUGGUGAUAGCUCUGUUUUAUGGCCAUGGUGAUGAGUCGAAUCAAAUAUAUAAAGUGUUUGAAAAACAAAAAUAAUACUGGGAUCUAAUGCUACAGAUGAAAAGAGGUGCUACUUCUACUUGUUUGAUAUGAAGAUGGACCUCCAACAAGUAUUUUUUUUUAUUAAGACAUCUCUAAUGUCCCUUCACGCACGAGAUAUUGAAGGUGUAUGGCAUUGCUGUGGAUGCUCUAUACGUUUGUUGCUUACGCGAUUGGGACGAGCACGGGCAAAAGCUAUCAAACACUUCUCGAUUACGCCAGUUGAAGAUGCUCAAACUUCAGAAGGCUUUUCGUCGUGUCUUUGCACAGGAAAGAAGAGGACGCUUUUCUUGAUUACGCACAUAGCACAAGGGUAAAGGUUGAAAAGUUACGAUUCAUGGGCUGUAUUCAGGAGUCUUUCAUGCUCAACGUCAGCAUCGGCAUAUUAAUAGACGUGUUGUCCUUGUCGUCUUCAUAGCUUUAAAAGGGCUAGUAUUUGCAGUAUUGGUUUCUUAAGAGAUUUCAUUCUGAGUAAUUCCUGUAAGAACUAUAUGAUUCUCUUGGUCAGUCGUCGAACGUCGUGUCGCCCCUAUCUCUACAAACAUAUCUAAGAAGGAAAACACAAAAAGGGAAACAAAAAAAUUAUCGCCUGUUGACAUUCAUACUUACACAAUUUGAUCGUAUCGAUACAACACAGACCUCCCCCAUAAAUGAAUGCUGCUUUAGUUUUUUUGGUUGCCUUUACAUUUUGACAAAGAAUUGUGAUUGUCUCGUCGAGUCAUAUACCGCAAGCUAUAAUGUUGUUGAUGCUCAUUAUCUACCGUCUGUUGCAUUCGACUCUCUUUUCAUCAUCGCUUUGAGAAUAAUAUAACAUCAAAUUCAUUUCCUUCAUAGGCAAAAAUAGUUGAUGUCGAUACAAUCAUAAGCAUUGCGCUGAAUCUAUUUGCUUUCGCAGUAGCAACAUGGAUACUGGAACAUGGAUACUGGAACAUUCGUGAGGACAUAAAAUCAACAGGAUGAACAUGUGAAACCAAGCAAGCAUCUUGAUUUCGGCAUGACGUUGCAGGCUGGUCGUAAGUGCGACAUUGUGCUUAGGAG